AUGGCAGCCAUCUUCAGACCCCACCUGCUUCUUGCGGCGCUCCUGGCGCUGUGCCUGGGCGUGCUCGGCCAGAGCUGCUCGUCGUACGGCGUGGACUACAGCAACGGGGGUUCUUACUACAUCGACGGCUCGUCGAACCAGUACUUCACCUUCAUCUCGGUGUUCCAAGGCUGCUCUUCCGAGCUGGUCAGCCCCGUGCUGGUCAGUCCCGAGGGCAACCAAUAUGCGUGCUCGGCGAUCCAGGUCGGCCAAUCCGGCGUGCAGGUCAGCUCGCAAUGCGGAAUUCCCUUCUCGGUCAUGCGGACCGGGCAGUGGAGGAUCGUCGUCGCCGGCAACCAGAUUGCCGUCCAACGCACGAUUAACCUGAGCGUUGGCGUCCCCGAGAGGGUGACGAUAACGGCCACUCCGACCGUCGUUAUCGGGGUCACAAGCACUCCGCAGGCCGUCACCGUCAUCAGCACCAUCGUGCAGACGCAAACCCUGAUCCUGGCUCCCGCGACCGUCACGUCGAGCAACUGCGCCGUGGGGACGGCAACGGUGACGGUGUAUCCGCAAGGGCAGACGGUGACCAUCACGUCGACGGUGACGCGCACGUCGACGCAGGGCACGACGACGAGCCAGUACACGACGACGAUGGUGACGACGGCGGUCUGCCACUACCCCAACAAGAAGCGAGACGAGGGGAGGCGCCGGCUCGGGGCGCGCGUCGCCGUCGCCGCCACGACGGUGACAGUGACGCAGACGACCUACACCGUCACCCUGACCUCGGUCACCACGCUCCCACCCCAGACCAGGACGGAAGCCCUUCUCCGCAUCACCACCGCCACCAUCACGCCGGCGCCGGCGACGGUCUGCGUCGGGGUCAACCGGCCCAGCGUUACCGUCACAGUACGGCAAGGCAACCCUAUCGUCGUCACGCAGACCAACAUCGCGUACAAAACCAUCACGACCCGGGGGACUGUCUACGUUGGGCGAACCGUAUUCUCGACCAGCACGAACCAAGCGAGCGCGACAGCGUGCUGGAGGGCAGGGGGUUGGUAUGGGCUCUAGGAUGCCAGUCUUGACCUUGUGUUUCCUCCCGCGGCCCAUCCUAGUUUCUGGACCCAUAUCCCUGCUGGAUGACGGGCCUUGUCGGAGGGUGACUUUCCUUUGGGGGUCUUUUAUGAUUCUCGAACGUGGUGGGCAGCUCUUGUGGCUAUCGAAAGUGGCCCGACAUAAUGUACAAAGAGUCUCAGCAGCGUUUGAAGCCAUCCCAACCCAUUUCGAGUUG